AUGCUGUUCAAGAAAGACAAACCCUUCCCGAUGAUGGAGACCACCGUGAGGUUGUGCAAGUUUAUUGGCCUGUGGCACGACACCGACCUCGGUAAGGUGUGCUGGCAGGCCAAAUUCACUCUGGCAAGUUUGACCUUUUGGUACAUCGUUCCGGAAAUUUGCUUCGUGACCCGCCAGGACCGGGAACUGACCAUACGGUUGAAAGGUAUGAUUGAGAUAUUGGCCAUGUCGAUCUUCGUGGUACGCAUCGGUGCCCACGUGCUCCAUCGGGGAACGCUGCAGAGGUGCUUCUGGGACGUGCAGGAAACGCUCGGUCAGUUCGUCGACAGUGGCCACGUGGAGGUGCAGAAAAUGCUCGAACAUCUGGUGAGUUCGGCUAGCUUCAUCACCAGGAGUUACACCACGGCUUUGCUGUGUAAUGCCUCGCUUUACGGUGAUAUUCCGGCACUGAUUGCCAUUGGGCAAUAUCUGAUGGGAGCAGACAUCGAAACCUUUCCUCCCACGAUCUUGGAGGCUGAUUACGUCCUGUUUGAACACCAGUCCAAUAUUCUUGUGUGGAUACCGGUACUAUUAGUAUCGAUCGCUACUCAAUACUCAAUGUUGACGUCAUUGGCCGCAAACGAGUGCUUGAAUUGGAACCUUUUGCAUCAUGUUUCGUGUCUGUUCAAAAUGGUCAAGUUUGAGAUCUCCCACUUGGGCGAGUGUUCCACCUCGGAUGAAUUCAAAAAACGACUGGUGAAAAUUGUCACCGUUCACGACGCUGCUUACAGAAACGCAUUAUGUCUAGAGACAGUCUUGAGCCCUGUAAUGUUCAUUCUCUACUGUACCUUUGUGACAAAAGUGUGUGCCAUGAUGCUUUUGGUAACGAUUGUCGACGAUUUUUUUAUAAUCGCGAUGAUGUUAUUUGUCAAUGCUUGGCACGGAACUUACGGAAGCGAGUUCAGCCAUUUCGGAGGCAAUCUAUCAAUGUGGCUGGACCGAGCGAACGCCUUCGGAGCAAAAACUGCUGAUGUUUGUGCAGAUGCGUUCGCAGCGCCGGGUGGCCAUCACGGUUUGGAAGUUUUUUGCCCUCGGAAGGGCGUCGUUUUCUGUGGCUAUAAAGACCACAUUCCAGUACUUUACAAUCAUGAGGCAGUUGUGCGAAAUUGAAGUUUAGAAAUGGAAGAGAAGAUAACAGAUCAGCUGUAAUCUUCGGCUCAUUAUUAAAUAAUUAAUUUUGGAUGCUUCAAUGCCCUUAUUUGGCUAAAACCUAAAAUAAAUGUUAAUGAUUUGUUAUCUGAAAGUAUA